UAGACCUGACGGGUUCUUCUUCACGUUAAGACACGUGUAAAAUCGUAGCUUCGAGAUCAAAAAUUUACUGCUGAAGUAGUGGACUUGACGUGAGCGGCCGUAUUCAUUCGGGUUAGUUGGUGAUUGCAUUUUGUUCUGGUCGUCACAACAUUCGUCGGGCUGAACACAGCUAACCAUGGUUUCCACAAAAAUUGCUUUUAGCCUAUUAGGGCUUCUUUUACUUUCUGCAUCCUGUUAUGCCCAAGAUGACGAAGUUGUUGCAGAUAACAUUGAGAUUGACUUGGGUGCAAGCAGAGAAGGUUCCAGAACAGAUGCUGAGGUUGUAAAAAGGGAAGAAGAAGCAAUUAAACUUGAUGGCUUGAAUGUAGCUCAAGUAAAGGAACUCAGGGAAAAGUCUGAAAAGUUUGCUUUUCAGGCUGAAGUCAAUCGAAUGAUGAAACUCAUCAUCAACUCUCUAUACCGCAACAAAGAGAUCUUCUUGAGAGAGUUGAUUUCAAAUGCAUCUGAUGCUAUUGACAAAAUUCGUCUAAUGGCUCUUACAGAUAAGGAUGCUUUGGCUGCCACAAGUGAACAAACAAUACGAAUCAAGGCUGACAAAGAAAACAAUGUACUUCAUAUCACGGAUACUGGUAUUGGUAUGACCAAAAACGAUUUGGUUACGAACCUUGGUACAAUCGCCAAAUCAGGAACGGCGGAUUUCUUGAGCAAAAUGCAGAAUCCAGAAUCAACUGGACAAGAUGCAGGCGACCUAAUCGGACAAUUCGGUGUCGGCUUCUACUCAGCGUUCUUGGUCGCUGAUCGAGUUGUUGUAACGUCAAAGAACAAUGACGACAAACAGUACAUCUGGGAAUCGGAUGCCAACUCUUUCAGCAUUGCCGAAGAUCCUCGAGGAGAUACACUGAAGCGUGGUACACAGAUUAGCCUUUACCUGAAAGAGGAAGCCCGCGAUUUCCUUGAAGUUGACACCAUUCGUAACCUAGUGCACAAGUACUCCCAGUUCAUCAAUUUCAAUAUAUACCUAUGGACUAGCAAGACUGAAGAAGUAGAAGAACCUAUUGAUGAUGAAACAGAACCAGUUACAGAGAAAAAAACUGAGGAAGAGGAAGAUGCUAAAGUGGAGGAAGAAACGGAAGAGAAGAAACCAAAGACUCGCAAAGUUGAAAAGACCACAUGGGACUGGGAGUUGCUGAACAAUGCCAAACCGAUUUGGACUAGAAAACCGUCUGAGGUUGAAGAAAAUGAAUACGAGGAAUUUUACAAGGCGAUUACCAAGGAUACACAAGGGCCAUUAGGUCACAUUCAUUUCGUCGCGGAGGGUGAAGUUACGUUCAAAUCACUCCUAUACAUCCCCAAAACUCAGCCGACUGAAAGUUUCAACAAAUAUGGUACCCGAACAGAUAACAUCAAGCUUUAUGUUCGCCGCGUUUUCAUUACCGACGACUUCCAAGACAUCAUGCCCAACUAUUUGAACUUUAUCCGAGGUGUUGUUGAUUCCGACGACUUACCAUUAAACGUAUCUCGGGAAACUCUGCAGCAGCACAAACUCAUCAAAGUUAUCCGCAAAAAACUGAUUCGUAAAACUUUGGACAUGAUCAAGAAAUUGGACAAAGCUGAACAAGAAAAGUUCUGGGGCGAAUAUUCUACCAACAUUAAAUUGGGUGUUAUCGAUGAUUCAGCUAACCGUUCCAGACUGGCUAAGCUUCUGCAGUUCCGUUCUUCAGCUAACAAGGGCUUCAUCACGUUCUCGGAUUACGUUGAACGCAUGAAGGAGAAGCAAGAGUCUAUUUACUUUAUUGCUGGUUCAUCUUUGGAUGAAGUUGAAAAAUCCCCCUUCGUCGAGCGACUCGUUAAAAAAGGCUACGAGGUCCUCUACCUCACCGAAGCUGUUGAUGAAUAUUGCAUCUCUGCCCUUCCUGAGUUUGAAGGAAAGAAAUUCCAGAACGUAGCCAAGGAGGGAGUUGAAUUAGAUGAGGGAGAAGGUGCCAAAGCCAAAUUGGAGGCCCUUAAAACCCAGUUUGAGCCAUUGACGAAAUGGUUAACUGAAACGGCCCUUAAAGAACACAUUACGACGGCUAGGGUAUCGAACCGUUUGUAUAAAUCGCCUACUGCAUUAGUAGCAUCGCGUUGGGGUAUUACUGGUAAUAUGGAACGGUUGAUGUUAGCUAAUUCUCAUCAGAAAUCGCAAGACAUUCAAAGAGAUUAUUACUUAACACAGAAGAAAACUUUGGAAAUCAACCCCCGUCAUCCUUUGAUUAAAGAACUGCUUCGGCGAGUUGAAGCUGACCCUGAGGAUCGUGUGUCGAAGGGCAUGGCAAUGAUGAUGUUCCAAACAGCUACUCUUCGUUCUGGCUACAUGCUACAGGAUCCAAGCCAGUUUGCCGAGCACAUAGAUGCAAUGUUGAAGCAGUCAUUAGGAGUGGGUGACGCGGAAAUCGAAGAAGAGGAGGAAAUUGAAAAUGUGCCGGAAGGAGAAAAUGCCGAAGAGGAAGCAGAUCAGGAUAAUGAUGAAGAUGAAGAUAAAUCGUCGAAAGACGAACUUUGAAUGAAUGUCUUGUGGAACUGAGAGAACGUUUGGUAUGUUUGUUUUUGUGACCGAUAAUAAUUAUAGACGAGUGUUGAAAAUACUGUUACACUGUCAAGUGAAAUCUGAACUGCGUCUUGAAGAUUUUGUUUCCGAAUUCUUUGCGAUAUUUCCGUAUCUAAAGGGCAAAAUAAAAUGUUUCCCCAAAAA